AUGAUAGAAGGGAGUCGUAUUAGGAGUGAGUCAGGCGAAGAAGAUGAUACUCUUGGAGCCCCGGCUACAACAAGAAGAAGUUUCAAAAGUUUAAUUUUGUGUUUUCGCCUUUACUUCAUAACGUGUUUCAGUAAAUAUGGCGAUUUCCACACUAUUGACUGGCAGCGAGAUUUAGCGCGUGAUAGAAUUCGACAUAAGUCUGUUGCAGCGAGAAGGAAAGAUUUCCCUUUUGGCACUCUUUUUGCAAUGUGGGACGCCGGAAGUGGAUGGGCUUGCGUUUUGAUGGUUGGGUUAGCUGCAGGCGCCAUUGCAGGGAUUAUUGAUAUUGGUGCUCGUUGGAUGAGUGAUUUAAAAGAUGGAAUUUGUGCUGACCGAUUCUGGUUAGAUCGUGAACACUGUUGCUGGUCUGCAAACGACAGUAACUAUAAAGAUGACGAUUGUUCCGCCUGGAUCUCUUGGCCUAAAAUAUUUGACUAUGACAAUAAAGACUUUUUUUACAGAACAUUAGAAUUAUUUUUUUAUUGCAGUUGGAGCGUUUUGAUGGCUGGCCUUACAGUGCUUCUUGUAAAAGUGUUUGCUCCUUAUGCGUGUGGUUCUGGAAUUCCCGAAAUCAAGUGCAUCUUGUCUGGGUUUGUUAUACGAGGUUAUUUGGGCAAGUGGACUUUCAUAAUCAAAUCUGUUGGGCUAAUAUUGGCUUCUGCUUCAGGUUUAAAUUUGGGGAAAGAAGGUCCAAUGGUGCACCUUGCUUGUUGCAUUGGAAAUAUUUUUUCUUAUUUAUUUCCCAAGUAUGGACAUAACGAAGCUAAAAAGCGCGAAAUUUUAAGCGCGUCUGCGGCUGCUGGAGUAAGUGUUGCUUUCGGUGCUCCAAUCGGUGGGGUCCUGUUUAGUUUGGAGGAAGCAAGUUAUUACUUUCCAUUAAAAACUAUGUGGCGGUCCUUCUUCUGUGCGCUUAUAGCUGGGAUUAUUCUUCGCAUAAUGAACCCUUUUGGCAGUGAUCAGACGUCAUUGUUUCACGUGGAUUAUAGUAUGAAAUGGACUUUUGUGGAACUUAUCCCAUUUGGGGGUUUAGGUGUAUUUGGCGGUGUUAUUGGUAGCUUUUUUAUAUGGGCAAAUCUGAAAUGGUGCCGAUUGCGAAAAUCGAACAGACUUUUAGGAAGCAAUCCGGUAUAUGAAGUUCUUAUUGUUACGUUUAUAACAGCUUUUGUCAGCUUUUUCAACCCAUACACGCGUAAAAGUUCAUCUUCUUUGAUAAAACAGUUGUUUGAUCGGUGCGGUCCUAAAGAUUAUAUGUCUGAUCUUUGUGAUUACCAGAAUAAAACUUUCACCUGGGAUAAAAGUGCUUUUAUACAGUUAAUUUUUGCUUUGAUUGUCAAGCUUUUACUGACAAUAUUUACAUUUGGCAUAAAAGUACCUUCUGGUUUAUUUGUACCUAGUCUUGCCAUGGGCGCGAUUGCUGGCCGCCUUUUGGGAAUCACAGUUGAGGGUUUUGUUACAACACUUCAGAGCAGCGGUAUACACAACAGUAUGUGGUCUUGUGAAGUUGGGAAGAACUGUGUGAUGCCUGGCUUAUAUGCAAUGGUUGGAGCUGCAGCGGUUUUGGGCGGAGUAACAAGGAUGACAGUUUCACUUGUUGUAAUAAUGUUUGAACUAACUGGAAGCCUAGAAUUUAUUGUUCCAACGAUGGUUGCCGUAAUGUUUGCCAAAUGGGUUGGCGAUGCAAUUUACAGAAUGGGUAUAUACGACUCACACAUCGACCUUAAUGGUUAUCCUUUCUUGGACAAUAAAGGAGAAUAUCCUUACUCGACUCUUGCAGUGCAAGUCAUGAAACCAGGAGCAGGUAACAGCUUAAGUAACUUACGUAAUCUCCGUGUUAUCACUCAGGAUUCUAUGACUGUUGGCGAACUAGAACUGCUUUUGCGCGAAACUGAUUAUAACGGAUUUCCAGUGGUCGUUAGUGAAGAGAAUUAUUCGCUUGUCGGGUUUUGCACGCGUCGUGAUAUACAAGUUGCACUACAUUCUGCGCGCAGGACUCAGCCUUACGUUGUGACGAAUUCUGUGGUUUACUUUAGCAAUUCUGUGCCGGAAGAACGUGGUGGUUCUCCUGCCCCGCUGCGUCUUCGAAAAUUGAUUGACCUGGCUCCAAUGACUGUUACUGAUCAAACACCAAUGGAAACAGUUAUAGACAUGUUUCGUAAGUUAGGCUUGCGUCAGGUUUUGGUCACUCACAGUGGAAGGUUGCUGGGAAUAAUUACAAAAAAAGAUGUUCUUCAUUUUAUGAAGAGAGCAGAAUGA